AUGCGUGAUAAUAUUCUAAUACAGUUAUGUAGUUGUCAUAGAUGCCAUUCCCAAAAGACCAAAUGCUCCGGCAAACGGCCGUGUGACGGAUGUUUAUCUAGCGGUCGGGCUGAGGAAUGUCAGUUCCCUGCCAAAGAGCGAAAGAUUCGAGUAGAUGAAAGGCGUUUGCGAGCCCUCGCUGCCCGGAGCCCGGCAUUGGGAAACGAGCGAGUCACCACAGAUAGCGAAGAUCAAGACGAAUCUCCGCCGCUGUCCAAAGAGGAGAGUAACUUGUUUAAUCCUCUCUUUGACAGACACUCGGAGAACCCAGUCCACGAACGGUCUCUGGAGCCUGGAUUCAUUGGAGAAGCAUCGUGCGCUGCUUUCAGCAACCGACUCCUAUCAUGCCUCGACGAUACAUACACCCCAUCUACGACGGGCUUAUCCAACUACCAUCGCCUGAAUACGCGGGAGCGAGUGCCAAUGCACCAGGGUGCAGAGUUACCUGAACGCAUGCAUGUCAAGCUAUUGCUGAAUGUCGCUCGACGGUUUAUUGGGAACUACCACCCGCUUUUCCUUGAAGUCACAUUUAUGAAGGAAAUCGAUGCAGUCUAUAGAAGAGAACUGAUCCCAUCAAUGUUAUGGCUGUGCAAAUUCUACGCACUCAUGGCGCUGGGAGAAGUAUACACUCACAGGAGAGGAAUAGGAGACAACAACAGAGUUCCAGGAACGAACUACUACGUACGGGCAGUGCACCUAUUGCAGGAAAAUCUGGACUAUUACGAGGAGCCUUCAUUGAUGCAAGUGGAGGUCUUGACGCUUUUGGCAUGGACCUCACAGAUCCUCGGUCGUAUUAGAACUGCAUAUUGCUACAGUGGGAUAGCCAUGAGGCUGGCCCUAAGUCUGGGGAUGCAUCGAUCAGCCGCACGACAUACCACGUUAACACCAGUAGAGCGAGAAAGUCGACGGCGGACGUGGUGGGUGCUCUACUUCUUUGAUCGCUUCUCAGCCUCGAAACUCGGCCAGCCAAUCGCCGUAAGGGAUGAGGACAUUGACGUUGAGAUGCCAAGUAUGGACGGACUGACAAGAGAGGAGAUGGCCGAGUUCCUUGAUCCUCGAAACCUCGUAAUCAACAUUAAAUUAGGCCGGAUUAUUGGCAACAUCUUGACCCAGGUCUACGGGAUACCAAAAGCCACAAAGGGCCUCUACAUUCACCAAGUGCAUAGUAUCUUAAAACAACUUCGAGCAUGGCACGAUGAGCUGCCGUUUGACAUGCGUGUAAGGGAACGAGGCACACCCCGUCCAGUUGCAAGCCUCCACCUCGCCUACAACCAAUGCAUUAUCCAGACCACUCGUCCCGUUCUCCUCCAUCUCUUCAAGCUCCAAUUUCAAUUAGGCUCUAAAACACGAGAAGAGGUCACGCCACGACAAAGCGUCUCAUCCAUCACCUUGGCCCUGGCCGAGAGCUGCAUCAAUGCGGCGCAGGCAUCGAGCCGCAUCGUCGAGGGCCUCUUCCUAGACGGCUCGAUCGCAACAUUCGGCUACUGGGACGCUCACCACAUUUUCUCAGCGGCGAUGAUCCUCAUUAUGUCCGCCAUGAUGAAGCCGUCAGCCCACAACUCGGACUGCCUCGAGACUUUGCUCAGUGUCCUCCGAUCGAUGAAGAACGAUGGGAAUAUUCCCGCAGUUGAUUUCUGUGAGAGACUAUCCCACAUUCAGGCGCGCGUAUCGACCUUGCGGGCCACGGGUCGGUUCGGCAGCGUGGAAUUUGACAGACCUGCGAAUGGACUGCCGCUGUCUGGAUAUGAGGGAGCAUCGACUGCCGCCGCCACUCAAGACCAGCCACUCCAUACUCCAAUGAGUCUGGAAGAUGAUGCACAUAGAGAGAAUGCAGCACUCUUCAAUUAUGACAGCGUUGAUGUCCUAGCAAAUCCCCUGAUUGGUAGCUUCCUGGACAGGAAUCAAGUGCAAUGGAUGGACAGUCUGUUCGCAGAGGAUGGGACGCUGAGAGAAUUCGCUUCGGAGAUUGAAGAGCAGUUUAUGUUUGGCUCUUAA